AUGACGCGAAACGGUACCAGCACCGUCUCAGCGCGCCAUGGCGCAGCAACUGGCCUCGGUGCCCCCAACGACGAGGACGAGACAUGUCCCGUGUGCAAAACGACCCGGUACUUCAACCGGGACAUGGAAUUCCUCAUCAACCCAGAGUGCUACCACCGAAUGUGCAAAACGUGCGUCGAGCGAAUCUUCAAAGACGGGCCCAACCAAUGCCCCUACGCCACAUGCCACAAGACCCUGCGACUACGUGGUUUCAAGUCCGCCUUCUUCGCCGACCUGACUGUGGAGCGGGAGGUCGAUAUUCGCCGCCGCGUAGCUCAGAUAUUCAACAAGGUCGAGGAUGACUUUGAAUCACUCGAUUCAUACAACAAGUACCUAGAAUACGUGGAAGACCUGACCUUCAAGCUCGUCAAUGGCCCGCCCGAGGCCAAGGGCGAAGCAGAAGGCGAGCUGGCCGCGUGGGAAGCACAGCACAAGGCCGAAAUCGAGCGCAACAAGAAACUCGCGCGCGAGUCAGACGACUCGCGGAAAAGGCGACUCGCGGCCGAACAAGACGCCGCCCGGCAACGACGCCUGCAGGACCUGCAACAAGACGCCGAGGAGAAGGCCAGCGCCGCGCGGUUCCGUGAAGAAAUGCUCGACUCGCUGCAGAGCGCAGAAGUGGGACACGCCACCGAGACAAUGGAUAAGAUCAUGCUCAAGAAGCGAGGGCAGCAGAAGAGGGAUUCGGCGAGGGACGCUCUGUCCGGCCCCGCGGGGGGCCUGUCGAUCCGCGGGCUGCGGGACAAGACUCGUGGUGUGGCAGACGACAACAAGCCGUAUGAUCCGUUUGGGGGCCUGGAUCUGGCGCCGACCAGAGUUGAUUUGGGACACGAUAGAUUACAAGAGUAUCACAGCGAGUGGAUAGACGUGAUGCGCUCCAAGAGCGAGUAUCUCGUCGGCGGGUACAGUGCCGACGAGUACAUCUCGAGAGCUCUGUACGAGUCGUUUUCGGGGCUGGGCGUGUUCAUCGCAGAGGACAAGGUGGACAGGGCGGUUGCUACGGCCGGCGCCAGCGAGGCUGCUGUUGCCGGCGGGAAGAUGGACACCGAUGAUGUGUUUUAG